AUGAGUGAAAAACAUUUAAUAACACAAGAUCCUAAAAAAUUGGAAAAAUUACAUGAAUUCGCCAAAAGAGGCGGAAUCGGUAAAGGCAUUGCUAAUCAAGAUACGUUGGCAGAUACCGAGGAUGAUUUAAUGUUUUUCACUGGAGAAACGGUUACAAUUUUAAAACAUAUUAAAGAUGAUUAUUUUCUUGGAUAUUGUGAAAGCGUUAUUGGAAGAUUUAAAGGCAGCACAGUCAAUUUCAAUGGCCCUCUGAAAGAUCUUAAAUCAUUAAAAUUGGAGCAAAAAUCUUCAAAUCGAAAUCAUAACGCACCACUUUCAGAUAAUAAUAAUAAUAUUAUUAGAAACUUACCAGAUUUAUCUAAAAGUCGAAGUGACUUUCUUCAUUCUGAUGCAAUUCAAAAUCAUCAAAAACCGGCAAUAAUAAUAGCCAAUCCACUAAAAAGAUCAUCUAAUAACAAUUCACUUUCGUCACUUCGAAGAAACAACACAUUACCAAAUCUAUUACCAUCAUCAUUGUCAUCAAGUUCAGUUUCAUCACAAAAAUGUCAAAAUACGUCACCAACAAUAUUGAUUUCUAGUGAUACUGCUUCUUAUAUAUCAGAACAUAAUAAUCCGAUACCUAUAUUACAAAACAAAGAUCAAUCGAUCGAGACAGAUCAUCAUGAUGAAUAUUAUCAUCCUGAUGCAUCAAAUAAUUUUAAUAUUAAUAAACGAGACAAUAGACAAAAUUUCGUUAAUAGUAAUAGUAAUAAUAUGGAAAAUCAUCAUUCACCUUCACCUUCACCUAAACUUGCUAAACAUGAAACCAUUACAAAUGAAAAUAAUCAUGCUACUACUGCUGCUUCUACCGGAGAAACUUUAAUAUUAUAUAAUCGCAAGAAUUCAUUUGUAGAAUCUGAUCAAAACAAAAAUGUUGUUGUCAUUCCAACCUUUAAGAUAGAUUUGGUACCCGACACUAUAACCAAAUCAUCAAUCUCUGAACAAUUUAACAUUAAAGAAAAUCCAAAAGUCAUUAUUACCUCUAAAGAUCUCAAAAAUAAUGAAAUAAAAGAAAUUGUUUUAGAAUCAUUCAAAAUUGAAACAUCAAUAGUAAUAGAUGAAUCAGCAAUUGAAUCUUCAGUAACAACUGAACCAUCACCGCCACCUCUACCUCCAUCAUCAUCAUUAUCCAUGACAUCACACAAUUCACAAAAUCAAGUUGAGGUUGUAAAACCGAAAAAGGAACAAAUUCUUACUAUCGAUGAAUAUGGAUUUGUUUAUAAUUUAUAUCGUCAACAUGAAGCAAAAUGGUUGGAUAUUCUUAGUAACAUGAAUCCUACUAUGGCCAGAGAUUCAAGAAAGAUUAAAAAAUUGGUUCGUCUUGGUAUUCCCGAGUCAUUGCGUGGAAAAGCAUGGCAAUUUAUGGCAAGUGCAGAUAAAUUUAGGAAACCUGGUUAUUAUGAUGAAUUACGGAAACGCCCUGCUAUUCCUAUUUAUGAUAUAAUUGAGAUUGAUAUACAUAGAUGUUAUCCUGACCAUAUUCAAUUUCGAAAAGAGACUGAAGACCUUCAUGAUGUUCUUAAAGCAUAUGCACAUUAUAAUCCAUCAAUAGGGUAUUGUCAAGGAAUGGGACGCUUGGCUGGCAUGAUGCUUAUGCAAAUGCCAGUAGAAGAUUCAUUUUGGUUACUUGUAGCAACCUUAGAAAAGUAUAUGGUUGGCUAUUUUACACCCAAGUUGACUCAAAUUAGAAUAAAUUCCAUCGUAUUUGAACAACUUUUAAUUGAAAAUUAUCCUAAAUUAGCACAACAUUUGGCAGAAAAUGAUGUAAUUCCACUCAUAUAUGUCACUCCAUGGUUCAUGACAUUAUUUACCAUGACCUUACCAUGGGCAUCUGUACUACGUGUCUGGGAUAUGUUUUAUUUUGAGGGCGUGAAUUUAUUCUAUAGAAUUGGGCUGGCAAUAAUGGAAUGUUCACAAGAUUAUAUCCUUAAAGAAUGUCCAACAAGUUCAGAAAUCUUGGAGUUUUUAUUACAUAUCCCACAUGAGUUUUUGACACCAGAUUUAUUGUUAGAAGCAGCUUUUAAAAUCAAGGUUAAAAAUCGUGUUAGAAAAUUAACAAAGAAAAUUGAGGCAAUGGAAAGAGAAAAAGAUAAUAUUAAUAAUCUUGAUUUUGUUAAUGGAACUGUAGACAUUAACAAUGCUAGUGUUGCUGAUCUCAAAAAUAAUGGUAACAACGAUGGUGUUGGUAAUAUUGAUGGCAGUAUUAUUAAUAAUAUUGGUGCAAAAUCAAAUUUUAACAAUAAUAAAAUAUUGCCAAAGAAAAAAUCAAAAAAUGAGAAAUUAAAGAUUAACGGUGUUGAAUUUAAAUUAGUCGGGGAGGGAGGUCAAUAA